AGAUUUUCUCCUAAAUUUCUCCUCAUUUUUCCCAAGAAUUACUGUUCCAAACAAUUAAGCUCGGUCGUCUAGUCCAGAAGUUCCCAAUUGUUGUACCGUUCCACAAUAAAUUGGAUUGCAUCAUUCAAGAAAUAUCAAGAUAAGCAUUUCAGUGUGCACCUUCAUUCAAGCGAUUCAACCGGCUCCGUCGGAAAAUGACGACGCAAAAUGUCACAUGGUUUAUAUACGAGUUGAGCCUCUGGUCCACAGGUGGCGUUCAAAUCGCGUGACUUCAGACGAAAAUACUUUUACAGCUUUUAGCCGUCAGCUCAGCACGUGAGAACAUAUAGAUUUCGCCGGUAUUCCGGGUUUUUUUCCUAUAAUUUUCUUGAAUAUUCUCUGUGAAUAUUAAAUUUCUGCCAUAAACGAAAAAUGUCUUACUGCAAAGAAGAAGGAAAAGACAAAAUUGUCUUUUUAACUCCCGAGGAUUUGCAGAAACCAAGCACACUCACUUUCCCCGAUGAAGAUGAACCAGCAGGUCUUAUGCUGCCAAAUGGCGAUAUUAACUGGGACUGCCCGUGUUUAGGAGGAAUGGCCACCGGUCCGUGUGGAGUUGAUUUCCGAGAAGCAUUCAGUUGCUUCCAUUAUAGCGAUGCUGAACCCAAGGGCAGUGACUGCUUUGAAUCCUUUAAGGCGAUGCAAGAAUGCAUGUCCAAUUAUCCUACAUUAUAUGGGAACGAUGAUAAGCCAUCAGGAGAGGAGGACGAAGAAAACGAAGUGCUGCCCAAAGAAGAGAGCAAAGAACCCUCAAAAGAAGAUUUAAAAUCUCAAGUUCUAGCAAAAACAUAAUGUCCAUUAUAGGAAUUUAGAGCUACAAAUUGUGUUUUAAUUUGCUGCAUCUCAUGUAAUAGCAUUCUAUACAUAGUCAUUUCUU